GAGGAUACCCUCUACAGAACUUCAGGUUUCCUCCAAGGUGCCCUACGAGGAGGCUGGCUGGAGUCCGUCGAGGGUGUCAUAAAGAUGCCGGAUAUUUCUCCUCGCGUCUUCAGCAUCUACCAGUACUGGGCGGAUACCGAUAGGCUCGACACUACCUUGGAAGCCCCAACACCAAACACUCUCGACGCCGAGUUCACCCUUUUGGUCUACUGUUAUAUCUUCGGAGAACGAAUCCUGGACUCUUGGUUCAAGGAUACCGUAAUAGACGCUCUUCUA